UCAAAGUUGGAAGGCGAGGACUGGGCGGAGGGGCCUCCGAGUGCCCGGCCGGGGCCGGAGGGGGGAGGGGGAAAGGGAUGGGGGGCGGGCACAGAGGACGGAGGAGCCGGCCGGACACGGACUGCUCCGUCGCUCCCUCCCUCAGCUCAUCCCCGCGUCCCCACUUCCCUCCUCCCCUCGCUUGGAGCAGCAUCCUCUGCAGACCCUUGGUCCUCAUUCCCGGGGUCGUCCGGUUCCCGCGGCUCCGUGUAAUUAUCCCCCUUCACUGGCCAACCCGGGAACUUUCUCCUCCCGCUCUCGGCAGUGGGGGGUCGCUUUGCCUGGGCGGAUUUUUCCUGGGGUUCACUGGGGGGCAGUCUCUGGAGAAGGGCCUCAGGGUCCCAGAGAGACGUCUGCCACCUGCCACCUGCACCCAGCAGACCUGCCGUCGGGUCUUGGCACCCUCUCUCCCCCUCUCCCCCAAUCAUGACCGAAAUGAGCGAGAAGGAGAACGAACCGGAUGACGCGGCCACCCACACCCCCCCGGGGACCAUCUCUGCCCUCCAGGAAACCAAGCUGCAGAGGUUCAAGCGCUCGCUUUCCCUCAAGACCAUCCUCCGAAGUAAGAGUGUGGAGAACUUCUUCCUUCGCUCUGGCUCUGAGCUCAAGUGCCCUACUGAGGUGCUGCUGACGCCCCCAACCCCACUGCCCCCUCCCUCCCCACCACCAGCAUCUACAGAGGGGGGUGUCCCGACGCCGGCCCCCUCCCCCUGCCCCAACCCACGGCCCCUGGCACCACUCAAACCAGUAAGACUGCACAGCUUCCAGGAACAUGUCUUCAAGAGAGCUAGCCCCUGUGAGCUAUGCCACCAGCUCAUUGUGGGAAACUCCAAGCAGGGUUUGCGAUGUAAGACGUGCAAAGUGAGUGUCCACCUCUGGUGCUCUGAGGAGAUCUCCCGCCAGCAAUGCCCAGGCAAGGCGUCCUCCUCCUUCCGUCGCAACUUCAGCUCCCCGCUCCUGGUGCAUGAGCCACCCCCCGCCUGUGUCACAAGCAGAGAGUCCCCACCCACUGGGGCCAGUGGCAAGGUAGACCCCGUCUAUGAGACCCUGCGCUAUGGCACCUCGUUGGCUUUGAUGAACCGCUCCAGCUUCAGCAGUACCUCUGAGUCCCCCACGCGGAGCCUGAGUGAGCGGGAUGAGCUGAAUGAAGAUGGGGAAGGCAGCAUUCGCAGCUCAGAGGAGGCCCCUGGAGACAGUGUAUUCACAGCCCCAGUUGAGAGUGAAGGGUCAGGACCGGAGGAGAAGAGCCCCAGACAACAGCCCCCCAAACCCCUUCUGCGGAAGGACGUGGGACCCAUGUACUCCUACGUCGCGCUCUACAAGUUUCUGCCCCAAGAGAACAACGACCUGGCUCUGCAGCCUGGGGACCGGAUCAUGCUGGUGGAUGACUCUAACGAGGACUGGUGGAAGGGCAAGAUUGGCGACCGGGUUGGCUUCUUCCCAGCCAAUUUUGUGCAGCGAGUCAGGCCAGGCGAGAAUGUUUGGCGCUGCUGCCAACCCUUCUCUGGGAACAAGGAACAGGGGUACAUGAGCCUCAAGGAGAACCAGCAGCGGCAAGAAGCGGGGCUUGGUGCCAGCCGACGCCCUGACCGAGAUCUGAGAGGAGCCAAGAGAACCCAGAUGCCACCCUGCCCAUGCCUGGCCCUUGCUUCUGGCCCUGGAGGGGAAAAGGCAUCUGCCCUCUGCCUCUUUCCUAGGGGCCACUCCCCGGGACUUGGGAGCCUUCUGCACUGAGGAAGGUUUUAUUUCUUGGGUCCCAAGUUGCCCUGAGGGAGUUGCUCCUCUGGGACUUGGAGAUGAGGAAGGAGGAGAAAGUGGGAGGGAAUGGGGGAAACUCCAGGUAGGUCCAGCCCAUGCCCGGACAUCCAGUUGCCACGCUGAAUGCAGCCCUGGGGAGGGGGGCAUUCCUGGGGAACUGUCCUGCUGCUUUGUCCAGAGAGCCUUCCCACACCCACACCACCUCUGCAUGCCCGACACUGUCCCCCUUGCCCCACAGAGCCCCUGCUUGGGUCUACGUGCGUGACCUUGCGGCUGCCCCUUUGGAAGGAAGUGGGGCCUUGGGAAGGUGCCUUCCCAAGUCUCCCAGGUCUCCUCCCUCCGCCCGGGGUCAGGAGGUGGUUCAGGGCUGCGGGAGGAUCCUGAGUCCAACUCCUGGUUUCCCCACCUCUGUCCCUCCAUCAGUUCUCAGGAAAGUUCUGCGGGAAUCUCUCCCCUUACUUGAAACCCUGGGCAGACAGAGGAGGAGAGGGCCGAGUUCUGGGGAAAGCUCGGUAAAUCAGAGACUGUCUCCUCAAAGAGAACAGUCAGUCAGCACAGAGCGGCCUCGUGGUGCCCUUGCCCACUGGGGGAGGACACUCAGUAGCAUCCUGCACACAGAAACCUGACCGAGAACAACAACAACAAAAAACAAAAAACCCAGCCCGUGCUUGGUCAGAACCCUCAUUUGACUGUCAGGAAUCUGGAAGUCUCAGCUAGCAGGACUGACCAGCCAGGGGAGCUGUGCUUAGUUUCUGCCCCAGGUCUCACAGGGCCCAGCCCUGGGAGCCCCACCGUCAGGGCCAACCUCCAUAUGGCCCUUCCUCACCCCCUUCCUCGGGACCCCUCCUUCUGUGCAAGAGUCCCUCUUCUGGUUGUAGCUGUGCCCUUCUCCUGGACACCGAGUCCUGGGAGGAAGAGGGAGUGGGAGACGGUCAAGACCCAUCAUUCUGUUUGGCCACCAGGAAAGGAAGGGGGUGGGCACCAUGGGUGUGGGGUAGGCACACACAUGAAGAGGACCCCUCCCUGGCGGGUUGCUUUUCUCUGGUGCCAACCUCCCUCUCCCCCUAAGCUCAGAGCCUCCUCUUGUGCCCUUGAUCGCGCCAGCCAAUGCCAGCCCCCAUCCUGGGCACAGUCACACCCUCCCACACAGUAGGAGGGACACAUCCUCCUACCAUUGGCCCCUGCCCCAUUUCUCCCCGUCCAUGGGGGGCUCAAGCCACACUGCCCUGUUUGCUGCCACGGGGUCCCCCCAGCAAUAUCCCAGGGGCGGGCCCCAUGCCCACGGUACAUGAGGCUGCAUGAUGGGUCUACGGGGGCGUUGCUGAGCCCCUAGACCCUUUAAAUAAAUGUUUCUUGUCCCAA